AUGAUUUCCAAUAUAAGAUCUGAGUCUUAAAUCAAAAUCUUCACACCAAAAAGCAACUUCUCCAAUUAAAUACAACAAUUUAAACAUGAUUCAUCUAGAAACUUAGAUUCUGAAAACAACCAAUAAAUUAUGAUAUCUAAUAGUAUGAGUAAUUCAAUUAACAAUUUAACUCCAACUAAAUAAAAUUUUACAAGAACUCUAAGAAAAUCAUCUAUCAAUUAACAAACAAGAAUUAGAGAUGAUAAUAUUAUAAUAUCAUGUUAAAAUUGUGAAAAUAUAGAUAAUUUGAACCUUAUCUAACCAUGUUUAUGUGAUGUAUGCUAUUAAUAUUUUAUUAAAAUAGAUUAAUUAUCAUGCAUCUUGCUUUAAAUAGAAAUUACUUAAAAUUCCAGGUUUAUUUAGUCAAGAGAAUUUCAUUUGUAUGUAAUGUGGAAUAUAGUAUAAGAUUUAAUAAUUGGAGAUCUAUAAAUCAAAAACAUUUGUAAAUAUAUUGAUCUAUUUUUAAAGAUUAAUCUCUUCAAUAUCAUAUUGUUUGGAUCAAAAUUAAUUAUUACUCUUGGUGGUUUAGGUGGAUUGACAUAUUGGUUUUAUAGUUAAACAUAAAAAUAGUAGGAAAUGUCAUCUUUGAUAGCUGUAACAGUAUUGCUCAUAUUAUUAUUUCUACUUUAUUUGGUUUAUUUGAUAUUGGAAAUAUUUAGAGGAGAACCAGAUAUUGAUUGGCAAGUGGCUGAUUAUAAAUCAGAAGUAGAAUAAUAAUUGAAUCCAGAAGACUUAAAUUUAUUGGAAAACAGAUAAAAAUAAUUAUCUAAUGAUGGACCUACUGCCUUACAUUAAAUAACAAGUGUUUAAUAUCCAUAAAAUAAUUUAAAUGAGAUUAUUAAUUGA